AUGGCAGACCAAAUUCAAGAGUUUAUGGAGAUUCCAAGAGACUUCAUCAAAGAUGGUACUCAAUUUGUCAAUAAAUGCACAAAGCCUGAUCGUCGCGAAUUCCUCAACAUCGCUCGAGCUGUAGCUAUGGGAUUUCUUAUUAUGGGUGCCGUUGGAUACAUCGUAAAAUUGAUCCAUAUACCACUCAACAACAUAUUGGUCGGUGGCGCAUAGUUUGGGGAUGGACAAUGGACGAUGAUUUCUGCACUACGGUGACU